AUGCCUUUCGCCGAGCUUUCCACUGCCCACACGGUUCAAUAUGUGGAGAAUGCGGAACUCGGGUACAAUGCUCAGGAAGACAAACUGCCCAUUGUGACCAUCCACGGUCUGGGUAGCUCUCAGAACUAUUAUGUGCCUGUGAUGCCGUAUCUUGAUGGACACCGCGUCGUCGCUCUCAGCAACUACGGCGCAGCAAGGUCAAAGUCACGAGGAGAAAAGCUCACGAUGGAAGAGUUGGCUGAGGAUGUUGUGGCUUUGAUGGAUUACUUGAAAAUUCCCAAAGCAGUCGUGGUAGGCCAUUCAAUGGGAGGUCCGAUGGCGCUCACGGUAGCUGCGAGGCAUCCCGACAGAGUUGCGGGUGUGGUUGCGAUUGGGCCUGUAAACCCGCAUCGCGUCAGGCCGGAGAUGUUCACCUCGCGAAUCGAGACGGUUACAAAUCAUGGGAUGGAGCCGCUGGCCAACACAGUCCCCAAAGCUGCGACAGGGUCGAAGAGCACACCUUUGAUGUGGGCAAUGAUUCGAGAGUUGAUUCUCAAUCAGGAGCCAAAGUCUUACGCAAGUCACUGCGAUGCCAUCGUAAAUAUCAAGGAUCCUGGAUUUGACAAGAUGAAGACUCCGGUCUUGCUUUUGGCAGGGAAGGAAGACCCGAGUACUCCGUUGGAAGGUGUGCAGAACAUUCAUGAACGCCUUGGCAGCCCAAGGAAGGAACUCAAGGUCUAUGAUGGGGUUGGUCACUGGCAUUGUAUCGAAGUGCCAGAUCUCGUUGGUGGCGAUAUUAAAGCAUUUGCUGCUUCCCUAGCUUAG